UGGUGCGCUCCAGACUCCCCCUCUGUCCCCGCCGCCGGAGCCAUGGCAUCCUACCCAUCUGGUCCCAGCAAACCCAAGGCCAAAUAUCCCUUUGCCAAGCGGGCCAGCCUGCAGGCCGCCUCUGCAGUCCCAGAGGCUCGGGGUGGGCUGGGGGCCCCUCCGCUGCAGUCUGCCAGGUCCCUGCCAGGCCCUGCCCCCUGCCUCAAGCACUUCCCGCUCGACCUGCGCACGUCUAUGGAUGGCAAAUGCAAGGAGAUCGCCGAGGAGCUGUUCAGCCGCUCCCUGGCUGAGAGUGAGCUUCGCAGCGCCCCGUACGAGUUCCCGGAGGAGAGCCCCAUCGAGCAGCUGGAGGAGCGACGGCAGCGCUUGGAGCGGCAGAUCAGCCAGGAUGUCAAGCUGGAGCCGGACAUCCUGCUUCGGGCCAAGCAAGAUUUCUUGAAGACGGACAGUGACUCAGACCUCCAGCUCUACAAGGAGCAGGGCGAGGGGCAGGGUGACCGGGGUCUGCGGGAGCGAGAUGUGGUGCUGGAGCGGGAAUUCCAGCGGGUCACCAUCUCCGGGGAGGAGAAGUGUGGGGUGCCCUUCACAGACCUGCUGGAUGCAGCCAAGAGCGUGGUGCGGGCGCUCUUCAUCCGGGAGAAGUACAUGGCCCUGUCGCUGCAGAGCUUCUGCCCCACCACCCGGCGGUACCUGCAGCAGCUGGCUGAGAAGCCUCUGGAGACCCGGACUUACGAGCAGGGCCCCGACACCCCUGUGUCUGCUGAUGCCCCGGUGCACCCCCCUGCGCUGGAGCAGCAUCCGUACGAACACUGUGAGCCAAGCACCAUGCCUGGGGACCUGGGCUUGGGCCUGCGCAUGAUUCGGGGCGUGGUGCACGUCUACACCCGCAGGGAACCUGAUGAGCAUUGCUCAGAGGUGGAGCUGCCGUACCCCGACCUGCAGGAGUUUGUGGCUGACGUCAAUGUGCUGAUGGCUCUGAUUAUCAAUGGCCCCAUAAAGUCAUUCUGCUACCGCCGGCUGCAGUACCUGAGCUCCAAGUUCCAGAUGCACGUGCUGCUCAACGAGAUGAAGGAGCUGGCUGCCCAGAAGAAGGUGCCACACCGGGACUUCUACAACAUCCGCAAGGUGGACACACACAUCCACGCCUCGUCCUGUAUGAACCAGAAGCACCUGCUGCGCUUCAUCAAGCGGGCGAUGAAGCGGCACCUGGAGGAGAUCGUGCACGUGGAGCAGGGUCGCGAGCAGACGCUGCGGGAGGUCUUCGAGAGCAUGAACCUCACCGCCUACGACCUGAGCGUGGACACACUCGACGUGCAUGCGGACAGGAACACCUUUCAUCGCUUUGACAAGUUCAAUGCCAAAUACAACCCGAUUGGGGAGUCUGUCCUCCGAGAGAUCUUCAUCAAGACCGACAACAGGGUUUCUGGGAAAUACUUUGCUCACAUCAUCAAGGAGGUCAUGUCAGACUUGGAGGAGAGCAAAUACCAGAACGCGGAGCUGCGGCUCUCCAUCUACGGCCGCUCGAGAGACGAGUGGGACAAGCUGGCACGCUGGGCUGUGAUGCACCGAGUCCACUCUCCCAACGUGCGCUGGCUCGUGCAGGUGCCCCGCCUCUUUGAUGUGUACCGUACCAAGGGCCAGCUGGCCAACUUCCAGGAGAUGCUGGCGAACAUCUUCCUGCCGCUGUUCGAGGCCACUGUGCAUCCUGCCAGUCACCCAGAGCUGCACCUCUUCUUGGAGCAUGUGGACGGCUUUGACAGCGUGGAUGAUGAAUCUAAGCCUGAGAACCACGUCUUCAACCUGGAGAGCCCCCUCCCCGAGGCCUGGAUGGAGGAGGACAACCCGCCCUAUGCCUACUACCUGUACUACACCUUCGCCAACAUGGCCAUGCUGAACCAUCUGCGCAGGCAGAGGGGCUUCCACACGUUUGUCCUGCGGCCGCACUGUGGGGAGGCCGGGCCCAUCCACCACCUGGUGUCGGCCUUCAUGCUGGCUGAGAACAUCUCCCACGGACUGCUGCUGCGCAAGGCCCCGGUCCUGCAGUACCUGUAUUACCUGGCCCAGAUUGGUAUCGCCAUGUCCCCACUCAGCAACAACAGCCUCUUCCUCAGCUACCACCGGAACCCAUUACCCGAGUACCUGUCCCGUGGCCUCAUGGUCUCGCUCUCCACUGAUGAUCCCCUGCAGUUCCACUUCACCAAGGAGCCGCUGAUGGAGGAGUACAGCAUCGCCACGCAGGUGUGGAAGCUCAGCUCCUGUGACAUGUGUGAGCUGGCGCGCAACAGUGUGCUCAUGAGUGGCUUCUCGCACAAGGUAAAGAGCCACUGGCUGGGCCCCAACUACACCAAGGAGGGCCCCGAGGGCAACGACAUCCGGCGCACCAACGUGCCCGACAUCCGCGUGGGGUACCGCUACGAGACGCUGUGCCAGGAGCUGGCGCUCAUCACACAGGCUGUUCAGAGCGAGAUGCUGGAAACCAUCCCGGAGGAGCCGGCCUUCCCCACGAGCCCUGGGCCUCAGUGAGCCUGGGCCUCGCAGAGCCCCCACGUCACGUCUGUCCUUGGCCUCUCUGGCCCAUUGUCUCUCUGCAUGUGUCCGCUCGUCUGUGUUCUGUCUUGCAUGUGUCCGACCUGUGUCUGUCCCUGGGCCACUGCGGUGAAGCGGAGCCCAGGGUCUGCUUUGCUCUUGGUUCAGCCCGGCUGGCAUCGACGGCCCUGCCCUGUCCCAGGCUCCUCAGAAGCCCAGCUGUCCCACAGGCGUCUGUCCGCAGGGGCUAGGGACAGCUGUGGGGGGCUGGCCCCUCUAGCCUUUGGGGUUCUGCCUGGUUAAAUCAGGGCUUUGGCUGGAGCUUGACUCUUGGCCCCCAGGUGGGGCCUGCACAUGUCCCCUGUGACCACAGGCACUGGGGGCUGCAGGGCUCCAGUAGCCCAAUGCGGGUGGAGUUGGGCUGAGAACUCCACAGUCCUGGCUGCUGGGCGCCAGGCGUCGGGUGCCAGCCCACUGCCUCUACCAAGUCACUGCCGCAGCCUUCUCCGGUCCACGUGUUCUCUGGUGUGGGCUUCCUGUGCCUCUGUGGGAGGGGGCAGCGCCCUGUGCUAUGUCUGGGGCCACUGCAGCUGGAGAGUCUUGGAUCUGCCCCCCUCCCUGGGUGGGAGGAUCCCCAGUGUGGUCCCUUGAGUUUUGACCAGCCCUGGGUCCCAGCUCGUGCCCUGUGUUAUUCUGGACUUUGGCCUUUGCUGUGAAAUGCAGUGUUUCAUACAAUCCCAUCUUUCCUAGUGCAUGAGAAAUAAAAAUUAUUUAAGUAAUAAGAAGGCAGUGUGGUGUCUGUUGGGAGAUCUGUGGUGGCUGGGAAGUGACUGAGGCUGGUCCAGGAACAUCUUGGAUGGAGGGACAGCAGGUUCUGGUUUGUUUGUGUUUUUUUAGCAGUCAAUUUAUUUUGCUGGAAAACCAAUGUCGCAAACUUGGACUUACUGAAAAUGAACUCAGUAACUAAGACUCCGUACGCCCAGUCCCCAGCCCGCUCCAACGCCUCUGCUUGGCCUGGCCCUGGUUCCUCAAGCUCUGGAAAGAACAUCCAUGUGAAGAAGGCGGAGUGAGCCUUAGGGCCACAUCCCGACACUGUAACCCCUUCCACCCCACCUUUCAUUGUGACACAUGCACACCCCCCCCACAUACCCCACAUCCGCAGGCGGGGUCCUAGGGCCAAGGAGGGAACAGGGAGGUCUCCAAAGUGCAGUGAAGCGCAGCAGAUCCUGAGGCUACGACAGGGGACCAUCUGCUGUCCCCUGGAGGGUUUGUUCCCAUUUGUGUCUUCACACUGGCCUGCCAUCCUAGGUCCUACCCUUUGAGAGUCCAGUUCAUUGAAGGUGUGGCAUGGAAACCUGCGAGCUCCCUGGCAGAUUCUCUUGCACGGGGCCACAGCACACCUGUGCCGCCUGGACCCAGGCUUAGCCCACUAGGCACUGUCUGUGCUUAACACAGUUUCUGGAUUAACUUUGGGCACAGAGGUUGCUGGUCUGUGUGAAGGAAGAAAGUGAGAUGUGCCCUGUGCUGUGCAGGCUCUUGGCUGGCAGAGAUGCUGCUGCUGCUGCUGCUCCAAGGAGAACAACAGGCCGGCUGCUUCAGAAACUGAGCCUUGGGACAGCUGUGGAGCCUAUGUAA